CAGAGCCCGGCCGGCCUUGGCGCAAGAGAGGAGAGGAGAGGAGAUCCGGCCCGGCUCGAUUGGCGGCAGGGGGGCAACCGCGGGGAUGGUGGCGCUGAAGGCGGGCCGGGGAGGAAGAGGAGGAGGAAGAGGAGGGAGCCAGCUGGAUGCGCUGCCGCCCCUGGAACAGCCGCCCCCCUGCGGGAGGAUCGAGGACCACCUGCCUCCUUUGGGGGACACGCCACCGCCCGCCAAGCGGUUCUCACCUGCCCAGCGGAAGCAGUACUACAUCAACCAGGCCAUCCGCAACUCAGACCUCAUCCCCCGGGCCAAAGGGCGUAAAAGCCUCCAGCGUCUGGAGAACACCCGUUACCUCAUGACCCUUCUUGAGCGGGAGGAGUGUGUGAGCGAGGAAGGAGAGUCUGGCCACCCAGCCACCCCGAGCAUCUUCACCGAGGCCUGUAACAACAAGACGUACAUGCAGAUCUGGAAUGACUUCAUGAACCGGUCGGGGGAGGAGCAGGAGCGCCUCCUCCUCUACUUGGAGGAAGGAGCGAGGAGGAAGCAGAGCCACAAGUGGAAUUCCCGCAAGGCCUUGGAGGAAGGAGAAGAGGAGGAGGUGGCCUGGGAAGAGCGUCUGGCGUACACCCCCAAGGAGUGUUUUCAGCGCAUCAGCCGACGUUUACGCAUGACCUUGAAGCGAAGUCGGAUCCCCAUGGAGACACUGGAAGGUUUGGAAGAAGAGUUACUGGCCUUUUUCUCCGCUGACCCUCACGCCGUCUACACGGCACUGAUGGACAACAGUUUUAAACGGCUUCUCCUGCAUGCGCUGUGCCAGUACAUGGACCUCAAGUCUGCCAGUUCCAGUUAUGAAGGCAAGCGGCAGAUGAGGGUCAUCAACCGGCGCACCGUCUUCCUGCCCCCGCAGCUCUUGCUUUCGACUUAUUUGGAGCAAAUUAGCUGGUAACCCUCGGAAGAAGGACCUACGACGACGACGAGAGCCCACCCAACCCCUGACAGCCGUCCAGAUCUCAGCUUGGGGGGGCCCUCGAACCCUCCCAUAUAUUUAUAUUUUAAAGCAGUGAAAUCAAGGGGUCGGUGGGCCCCCAACAGGCUGGUUAGCACAGCAGAACUUGGAAAAAGACCUGUUUUCAUGUUUUGUAUUCUUGGAGGUGGGGAGCGGAGAUUCUGGGAUUUGUAAUCCAAAAAUGUAACUUUUCCAAGACCACAGCGUGUUUUGGGAUCACCCUCCCCCCAAAAAAACACAUCUCCAAAGAUACAAAUUAACCACCCCGUGUGUGUCCGUGUGUCUCUUGUUCUGUUUUGUCUGAGCAUCCAAGUUGGCUUGUGGUUGCUUAGCAACGGCCUUCCAUUUCCCCCUCUUCCUUCUGUCCCCCCCCAAAAGGUUGCUGCUAAGCAACCACUGGCUUCUGGUCCUUCAGGGCUCCCUGGGGGGAAGUAGGCCUCAGGCCUCUUUGGGGGGGCCACCAGACGAGACCCUUCCCGUCCCCAUCAGUAAUUUUGCUUGAGAAAGCUUCCUCUGUGCCCUUAGUGUUGUUUUUUAAUUGAUUUUCCCCUUCCUCCUUUAUUGGUUCUGUUACCUAGAAACUGGGUGCUAACAGUUAAUUUUAAAAGUUUUAAAAAAGAACCACAUUUAGGCCAAGACCCCAAAUUUUGCCUCCCCCCCCCUCCAUAGUAUUUCUGGAUGAAAUUUGUGUGGGGAAAAUGACCAGGUUAUUUUAUUUCUGCUUCUGGGUUAAUUUGGAUUUAUGCAGUUUUGCAGCCUAAUUGACUCAGAAGGAAGCCUCACCAUUUGGGGGAGUGAGGGGAAGGGGACUUGAAUUGGAUUUGAAAUAGAAGCACCAUAGAGCUGAGGUUGUGAUUUUUCAUUUAAGGAGAAAAUGUAAAAGGUUGUAACUCUUGUUUGACUUAGCACUUAAGAGGAAUUUAAAGAAAA